UAUUUGACGACUUUGCGAUUGUGAUAAAUUCUAUAUUGUUGUUUUUUUGUUAUUAAAUUAAAAAAAUUGUUUGUUGUUGUUUUUUCGCAAGUAUCGAUGAUUAUUAUUUAGAAUGGAAGAUCCAGCAUUUAAGGCCAAAUAUCAAAAAUAUAAAACAAAGGUAAAACUAUGGGAGAAACAAUUCAGAGAGAAAAACGGACGUGUUCCAUCGAAGCACGAUAUCCGAGAAGCACCCACUACUAUUCGUGAUUCAUACAAAAUGUACUACAAAUUGAAGACAUCCUUUCUCGAGGAAGCGUUCAGCGAUACAUUUGAUGAAGAUUCAUUUGAUUUAUCAAUACUUGAAAGUUCCAAUAGUCAAACUGAAUCUCGACUAUCAACAUCAUUUUCCGAAAUAUCAACGCCAGAUGUAUCGGCUCUCACCAGCGACAAUUCCAUCAUUUUACAAAACAUAAGCAUUGAAACACUUCAUACUACGACAGACACCGUACAAUUGAAUCGAUCAACUGUCGAUCGCAAUGAAUUUGUAGCCGAAGGUGUGAACAGUGUAAAUGAUAACGCAUGGGCUCGAACAUCAAAAUCCGAAUCGAAAUCAUCAAUUAGCCCGGGCAGUAAAUUGAGAAAAUCAAUGUCGGACAAAUUGUUUCGGAACUCUAGCUUUCAGAAACGUAAUCCACGAAAAUCAUUGUCACGAAACAGCUUGAGCAGUAACACUUCAUCACAAUCACUACUUUCGUCUAGUCAAAAAGAAUCGUUUCCAGAUUUAGAAACAAUUUUAUCACAAAAAUCCAAACAACAAAAAGAUACCGAAGAAAGUACGGAAUCAAUGCCAUCCAAUGAAGUUACCAAGACAACAACAUCAACUAAUUUGAUAAAUAACAUAGACCAAGAAUGGCUGAAUCGAUGCAAUAAAGCAAAUAACAUUGAAGCUGUCGAUUCAAAUGGUGCUAUUGCGGAUGCUGCCAUUUUGAAUGAAAGUCGAAGCAAGACGACGGAACAAAUGAAAACAUUUGGACUUUCCAAUAUAAAUGCAAAUGCACUUGCAUUGUAUGAGCGUUCGCAACCAGCUCAAGAAGUUGGCGCCAAAAGUAUGCUGUCAUUUGAUAUGAACAAUUUAAAUCUUACCUCACAAAAUUCAUUUGGUGGAAGUUCGUCGGCAAUGAUAGCCGAUCCAAUCGACGACGAAGAGAUUGCCAACAGUGAAGAUGAAGCUGAUAUGAAUACAUCGCGACAAAUUCGAAGUAUUCGCACUUCAUUCAAAAGAAAACACAAUGAAAUCGAUCGUGAACUGCCGACAAAGGUUCCAGCUAAAAUCGAUUGCAUUGAACAAGAUGUACGAGAAAAACCAAUACCGCUUGCUGUUAAGCGAACAAAAUCAAUGAAAAAAGUGGCGCCGACACCAAAGCUAGAGCAGCAAUUGAAGCCAACAGUUGUGGCAAGCAAAGAUGCAACAGUUCCAAUUGUUAGACGGAAGAGUUCAAGAAAUAAACCAUCAUUCACAUAUAAAGAAGUAAAAAUGGACGACUCAAAAUCUGAGGAGAGUGAUCCAUUUGCUGGAGAUGAUUCUGAUAAAGAUCCCAACUUUUCCGAAGCACAAGAGACAAAAUCAAAAACCAAAAUAUUAACAGACAGUUCAGAUGAUGAUGAAAAACAAACUAAGAAUGAAACAACGAUAAAGAAGGAAACAACACAAAAGACUCGAAUUUCACGUGUCAAAUCAUCGGUAGCUAAACCACGCGCAAAAGUUGAGCGUAAGACCAGAGUGGCAUCGAAAAAGAAACAAGCAAGACCUGUACACCAUAGCAGCGACAGUGAGGCUGAAGCAAUUCAAGAAACACCUGAUGAUUAUCUUCCUGAGUUCGGUAUGGAAACUAUUAAAAGUGUACCGCGCAUUCCAGUCGCUGAAUUGCAAAAGAAUUCGAUUGAAUUCACCAAAUAUGUAUACAGUGCCGACGCCAAUGUGAAUGUUAACGAAGCGACAAACAAAGCGGGUUCAAGCAAACCGAAACCAUUGUCAACGAAGAAUGCGAUCGCCAGAGAUAAACUUGCAACGAAAAUCGCAGCUGGUUCAUUGAAUGAAAAUUAUGUCCGAUUGAAUCUUCGGAAGAAAGUGUUUGUACGUGGUAAAAAGACAAUGAAUUUCAGUAAAUAUAAGAAAAAAUUGUGGAAGACUCAGAAAGCGGCCGCAUUGAGUGGUCCUGAAAUGGAUAUGCGUGGCUGUGAUGGUGGUAUUUUAACAUGUUUUCAAUGUGGCCUUCCCGGACAUUUUGCACAAAACUGUAAAGCUAAAAGUGAUCGUUUGCUGCCAUUAACCGUCGAAGAAGAUUCACCAUUCCCAACACUGCAAGAGGUGGAGGAAAUGUCGAAUCAACAAAUUAAAUUGGCGCAUGUACAUCGUGAAUUACCUCAAAUAAAUAAUCCCACGUGGAAAAAUGAAUCAGAAGAUGCAACAACUGAAGUAACGGAUGAUCCGACACAAUCUGAUAUUGAAAAUGACGAAAGCAAUCCAGAAGAACAGCCAACCCAAAGCUAUAUCGGUCAUAAAAUACCAGAAGACUUUUUAAUUAAGGCCGGCUUGAUUGGAAAUGAUGCUGCUGAAGAUAAAACAAAAGUCGAACCACUUUAUAAAUUAAACGCUGAUGGAAGUACAUGUAACACUCCCGAUGAAGUGUAUGAUGCGUUGGCAUUGUUCGGUCAUAAGAAGUUCCGUAGCGGACAAGAGAAGGCUGUUAUGCGAAUUUUAUCGGGCCAAUCAACGCUGGUUACGUUGAGCACGGGCAGUGGAAAAUCAUUAUGUUAUCAAUUGCCAGCCUAUAUGUACAGUCGACGUAAACGAUGUAUAACACUAGUCAUAUCACCAUUGGUCUCAUUGAUGGAAGAUCAAGUUCAAGGUGUUCCACAUUUUUUAAAUGCUCAAUGUUUGCACACAAAUCUGAGCGAACAAAAACGUGCAACAACCAUUGAAUUGAUUAAAUCGGGCCAAGUAGAUGUUUUACUCAUUUCACCGGAGGCGGUUGUUUCAAGUGAAAAAUCAACGGGAUUUGGUUCGAUUUUAAGACACUUACCACCGGUUGCGUUUGUCUGUAUUGAUGAAUGUCAUUGUGUAUCACAAUUCGGUCAUAAUUUUCGUCCCAGUUAUUUGAUGGUAUGUCGAGUGCUAUAUGAAAAAUUAAAAAUAAAAACAGUAUUGGGUUUAACGGCAACAGCAACACUAACAACAAGGCUAAGCAUCGUUGAGCAUUUGCGCAUUCCAGAUGGUUUGGAUGGUGUUAUCAGUGAUAUUCCGUUACCAGAUAAUUUAACGCUAAGCAUAUCGAGCGAUGAAAAUCGCGAUUAUGCAUUGGUACAAUUGCUCAAACAACCGAGAUUUGUUGAAUUUCAGUCGAUCAUCAUUUAUUGUUCACGUCGUGAUGAGUGUGAACGAGUUGCAAAGAAUUUGAGAACAUAUUUUCAAGAUAACAUUGCACGAGAAUUGGAGCUUCGAAAUGCAUCGGGAAAACGUAAACGAACACUGAAAACGACUAUUGAACCAUAUCAUGCUGGAAUGGCCGCAUCAAGGCGACGUACAAUUCAAAAUGCAUUUAUGCGCGGCGAUUUGAAAAUUGUCGUUGCUACAAUUGCCUUCGGAAUGGGAAUUAAUAAGGCGGACAUUCGAUGUGUCAUACAUUACAAUAUGCCAAUGAAUUUUGAAAGUUAUGUUCAAGAAGUGGGAAGAGCCGGACGAGAUGGAAAACCAGCACAUUGUCAUCUGUUCUUAGAUUCAAAAGGCGAAGACAAAGUUGAAUUGCGUCGUCACAUCUAUGCAAAUUCAAUUGAUCGUCACAUUAUUCGGAAGUUACUACAUAAAAUUUUCAAACCAUGUGCUUGCAAAAAGUCAGAAGAAACAACAGUAAAAUCAAAUGUUAAAGAUGCGAUACAAUCAGAUAUAGAUGCGAUCCAAGGUAUUAAUUGGAAUGAUGAAGUGAAUGAGGGUUCAUCUGGUAGUACAAAGCAACGCGAUUGUCCUGGUCAUGAGAUUUGCUUUUCUGUGGAUGAAACCAUCAACGAAUUGGAUAUACCAGAAGAAAAUAUUUCAACAUUACUGUGUUACUUGGAAUUACAUGAUCAACGAUAUGUGAAAGCAUUAAGCAAAGCAUACAUUCGAUGUAAAGUCCUUUCAUAUGGUGGACCCAAGGCGCUGAAAAAUGCAGCAUUGAAAUGUCCUCCAUUGGCGAUGGCAAUUGCAUUGGAUAUACGAAAAGGAAUCUCACACGAUACGUCAACGUUCAUUGAAUUUCCUGUCAUUGAAAUUGCAUCAGCAAUCGGAUGGAAUAGCGGUGUGGUUAAGUAUCAACUUAAACAACUCGAAUGGUCAACAGAAAAUGGUGUUUCUCGACGGUCAAAUAUUUCGGUGGAGUUUUCUGAUCUCGGUUUUCGAGUUACAGCUCCAGGUGAUCUUAGCCCAACUGAGCUUGAUUCAACACUCGAUAUGCUGUUUUCACGAGUCAAAGAACAAGAAAACAAUCAAGUAAACCAAUUGGAAAAUGUAUUUCAUGGUUUAUCAUCGGUUGCGGUAAAAUCAGCAUUGGCUUGUUCAGCGGUUGAACCAAAUAACGAACGUUCUGAACAAUUGAAGAGGAUCGUUCGCAAAUAUUUCCAAUCGAAUGAGAAAAUUGACUUUACUGAACAAAUAACCGAACCCGUGGCCGAUUCAUCAAUGGAUGAUAUUAUUAUUUCCGAUAUUUAUACAAUGAUUUCACGAUAUCCGGAAAAUCAAUUCACUGGGCGUAGUUUGGCGCGAAUUUUUCAUGGUGUACAAAGUCCAGUUUUUCCGGCCGUUAUUUGGAGUCGAUGCAAACAUUGGCGCGCUCAUUUGAAGACUGAUUUUAAUCAUAUUGUUAAACUGGCAAACGCUGUCAUUUUGAAACUUCGAACAUGAUAAGAAUGAUAUUUAUCAAUCAAAUUCAAUAAUUCAUUUGGUCAAUUUAAUAUCGAUUGAUUCAAAAAUUGUAUAAUUUUGUUUUGUAUUUGUUUUUUCUUUCAUUUCUCGAAAAAUGCAGGUUCAUAUCAGAGCGUAAUAUCCAAAUUUAUGAUUAAAACAAUGUAUAAAUCCGUAAUAAAUUCCAAAAUAUGGUGAAUCAUAUAAAUGUUUCAAAGUUCA